AAGUCCAGGCAGCAUGGACCUCACUCUUCUGUGGGCGCUUCUGCCACUGGCCACCGUGGCCUGGGCCCAGUAUGGCGACUAUGAGUACCCCUAUCAGCAGUAUCCUGACUAUGCCGACGAUGGGUGGGUGAACCUGAACCGGCAGGGCUUCAGCUACCAGUGUCCCCAGGGGCAGGUGGUGGUGGCCGUGAGGAGUAUCUUCAGCAAGAAGGAGGGUUCUGACAGACAAUGGAAUUACGCCUGCAUGCCCACACCCCAGAGCCUCGGAGAGCCCACCGAGUGCUGGUGGGAGGAGAUCAACAGGGCUGGAAUGCAAUGGUACCAGACAUGCUCCAACAAUGGACUGGUGGCAGGGUUCCAGAGCCGCUACUUUGAGUCAGUGCUGGAUCGGGAGUGGCAAUUCUACUGCUGUCGCUACAGCAAGAGGUGCCCGUAUUCUUGCUGGCUGACAACAGAGUAUCCAGGUCACUAUGGUGAGGAUAUGGACAUGAUUUCCUACAAUUAUGACCACUAUAUGCGAGGCGCAGCGACCACUUUCUCUGCAGUGGAAAGGGAUCGGCAGUGGAAAUUCAUAAUGUGCCGGAUGACUGACUAUGACUGUGAAUUCGCAAAUGUUUAGAUUUGCCACGUAACGAACCUGAGUGAAGGGAAAGGGGGGACAGGAGACCUGAAGGUGUCCACCUAUGAAAUGCCAAGAACUGCUUCUGCUGCUCUCCUUUCCUCUCCCUGAGCUGGUAGCUGUAAUGUCAGCUUCCUGGGCCUUUCUGACUAGUAUCACACUUACAAUAAAAUCCACAAUUAAACUAUGUUUUUCACUUUCAACACAUUCCAUAGCAACCGUUUUGUAUGACUGACAAUGGCUUCCUUGCACGUCACAGCCACAGCGUGCAUGCUCAUAGCCAGGACAAAAGCCAGGCUCCAGGCAGCACCUAUCACAGCCUUGCCACCGCUUUUACUACACAAUGAGCUGCAAGUAGGCCUGCUGCUGAGCAGUAUCUGUGAAGAGGUUCAGUGGAGUGGAGGGCAGGGGUGCAAGUCUGUGCAGCUACGUGUAUUGAAUAAAACCCAGAGCCCUCACCAAAGUGAGGGACGUGCUCCAUCCCACACCCAUCUACCCCCCACCCUUGCCCCAUUUCCAAAUGAGCAAAGCAUGCUCAAAAGUGCAGGUACAGACAGCUCUGUGUACCAGGAGUGAGGGGAUUGGAAAGUGAAAAGGGCCAGUAGAAGGAGGCAGAGCUGAAAGACUCAGGAUCAGAAAAGUUCCCUGAAUUGGAAGAAGAAUCUUAGCAUUACUGGGUAGUGAAAAUGAGUUCAAGAGCCAAAAUAAAAAGGAAAAGAAAGAACAUAGAGAAGGAGGCUUAGUUUGGGAACUUUGGGGUGAGAGUGGCCAGGAUGCUCCAGGAUUCCUGGGAAAGCCAGCACAUGCCCUGCAGUCACAGGGAACGAUUGGCAAACUGCACCUGGAUUGGUCCUGACUUGCUGGGUGGAAAAGGCUGCCCUGGGGGAUCCAUUCCUCUUCCAUGUGUAGUUUAAAGGUGUUUUUGGCAAAAACCUAGCACUGUCUUUCCUCCUGCGAUGUCCCCAUCCCUUUGUACUCCCAUCAUCAUGAAAGGAAUAAAAUAUUACCAUUCACUAUCCUGCAAAU